CGCACGCCCAGCAGCGCCCGGGAGCCGCGUUCAGCCGGCACCGCCCCGCGGCGCCGGGCACGCCGGGAGCCGUAGUCCGGGAGCGCACGAAAAAAUGGGGGGAAAGCUGCUGGGACUGUGUGUGGACAAGAUGGCUGCCAGCCCUGCCAACAAGAUGGCUGCCCAAGGACAGGGCUCCAGGGGACAAGGGAGCCGUGGGAUCAGCCCUCUCCUGCCUCACAGCAGUGUAAGACUGGAAACAUCUGGGCUGAAUGGACUUUAGCAUCAAAAGAAGUUCUCAACUGUUAACUCAAAAAAUUAACUACAUCAAAAUGAAGCAGGUACCAGAAAUCCUUGGAAAUACCAAUGGGAAACCUCAGAAUUGUGAAGUGAAUCGUGAAUGUUCUGUCUACUUGGGCAAAGCACAACUUUCUGCCACUCUACAGGAAGGUGUCAUGCAAAAAUACAAUGGCCAUGAGACUCUUCCAUUUAUUCCAGCUGAUAAAUUGAAAGAUCUGACCUCUCGGGUGUUUAAUGGCGAGUCCGGGGCCCAGGAUGCCAAGCUGCGCUUUGAACCUCAGGAAAUAAAGGGAGUUGGAACACCCCCCAACACUACUCCUAUCAAGAAUGGCUCUCCAGAAAUAAAGCUGAAAAUCACUAAAACCUACAUGAAUGGGAAGCCUCUUUUUGAGUCCUCCAUUUGUGGAGACAAUGGUGCAGAUGUGUCUCAGUCGGAGGAAAAUGAACAAAAGCCAGCAAACAAGGAGAGGAGAAGCAGAAAAAGAAGCAUAAAAUAUGACUCCUUACUUGAGGAGGGUCUUGUAGAAACAGCUUUAGUAACAAAGACUUCAAGCACCACUGAAAAGAAGGUUCCUUCUAAGAGAGAUGCAACUCAAAGUACCAUCAAAGAGGAAAAAGUCCAUCUGUUGAAGUAUAAUAUAGGAGAUCUAGUGUGGUCAAAAGUGUCUGGUUUCCCAUGGUGGCCAUGUAUGGUUUCUGCAGAUCCUGUUCUCCAUGCCUACACUAAACUAAAAGGACAGAAAAAGAGUUUUCGUCAAUAUCACGUUCAGUUUUUUGGAGAUGCCCCAGAGCGAGCCUGGAUAUUUGAGAAGAGCCUGGUGCCCUUCAAAGAAAAAGACCAGUUUGAACAAUUAUGCCAAGAGAGUGCAAGACAAGCCCUCACUAAAGCAGAGAAAAUAAAGAUGCUGAAGCCCGUGUCGGGGAAGCUGCGGCCGCAGUGGGAGAUGGGAGUGAAGCAAGCCAGCGAAGCCGUGGCCAUGCCAGUGGAGGAGCGCAGGGCCAAGUACACCUUCCUCUAUGUCAGGGACAGGCCUCAUCUCAACCCUCGAGUGGCCAAGGAGGUUGGCAUUGCUGCAGAGCCCUUGGAGGAGAUGGAUGAGUCAUCCUGCUCAAAUGAAGAAACCACUCCAGAUCUGAAAUCGAUGAAGGAGUCUGGCAUUCCUAGCAAGAGGAGGAGAAGGACAUCAAAACUGUCUGCUGAUGAUGAUGCACAAGAGAGCAGUCAGUUGGAGGAUAACAAUACUACUCCUCAAAAGUCAUCUGAACAGGCAGAUUCCAAAAGAGGGAUAGGUUCCCCUCUCAAUAGAAAGAAAACUCCAUCAUCUACCCCACGAAGCAGAAAGGGCGAUGCAGUAUCUCAGUUUUUGGUCUUUUGUCAGAAGUACAGAGAUGAGGUGGUUGCUGAACAUCCAGAUGCUUCAAGUGAGGAGAUUGAAGAGCUGCUCGAGUCGCAGUGGAACAUGCUUAGUGAAAAACAGAAAGCUCGCUAUAACACAAAGUUUGCCAUAGUGACCUCUCCCAAAUCUGAAGAAGACUCUGGUUCAUCAUUGAAGAAUAUUGGAGAGGCCAAACGUAAAGUGUUUCAAGACUCACCUAAAAGGAGAUCAAGAUCCAGAAGUAAUUUACAUGGAAAUAAAAGAAACCAAAAAAAGAGGACAAAGGAGCCUACAGAAGAUUUUGAAGUUCAGGAAGCACCUAGGAAAAGACUCAGGAUGGAUAAACAGAAUAAUCGGAAGAGGGAGACAAGCAAUGACAAAACAGCAAAAACAAACUCUUCUAAAGUCACAGAAACCUCCUCUUCACAAAAGAACCAGUCAGCAACGAAAAAUCUGUCUGAUGCAUGUAAACCUCUGAAGAAGCGAAAUCGGGCUUCAGCAGCAGAAUCUACAACUCUUGCUUUUAGCAAGAGUUCAUCUCCUUCAGCUUCCUUAACUGAGAAUGAGAUCUCUGAUGGCCAAGGAGAUGAGCGCUCAGAGUCCCCCUAUGAGAGUGCUGAUGAGACUCAGACUGAAGUGUCUAUAUCAUCCAAAAAAUCUGAGCGAGGAGCAGGAGCAAAAAAAGAAUAUGUGUGUCAGCUGUGUGAAAAAACAGGUGAUCUCCUGCUGUGUGAAGGACUUUGCUAUCGAGCUUUUCAUCUAAGCUGCCUUGGGCUCUCUGGAAGACCAGCAGGAAAAUUCAUUUGUAGUGAAUGUACAUCAGGUGUGCACACCUGUUUCGUGUGUAAGGAGAGAAAAGCAGAUGUGAAACGCUGUGUUGUGUCUCACUGUGGAAAAUUCUACCACGAAGCUUGUGUGAAAAAAUUUCAUCUCACUGUGUUUGAGAACAGGGGGUUUCGAUGUCCUCUCCACAGCUGCCUCAGUUGUCAUGUCAGUAACCCCUCACAUCCACGGAUUUCAAAAGGGAAGAUGAUGCGCUGCGUGCGCUGCCCGGUCGCGUACCACGCCGGGGACGUCUGCAUCGCCGCGGGCUGCGCCGUCAUCGCCUCCAACAGCAUCGUCUGCACCAACCACUUCACGGCCACCAAGGGCAAGAGCCACCACGCCCACGUCAAUGUCAGCUGGUGCUUUGUGUGCUCCAAAGGUGGAAGUUUGCUGUGCUGUGAGUCCUGCCCAGCAGCCUUUCACCCUGACUGCUUGAACAUUGAAAUGCCAGAUGGGAGCUGGUACUGCAAUGACUGCAGGGCGGGCAAGAAGCUCCAUUUCCAGGAUAUUAUUUGGGUUAAGCUGGGAAAUUACAGAUGGUGGCCUGCAGAAGUUUGCCAUCCGAAAAACGUUCCCCCAAAUAUCCAGAAAAUGAAGCAUGAAAUCGGAGAAUUUCCUGUGUUUUUCUUUGGUUCUAAGGAUUACUAUUGGACGCACCAAGCACGGGUGUUCCCUUACAUGGAGGGAGACAGAGGGAGUAGAUACCAAGGGAUCAAAGGAAUUGGAAAAGUCUUCAAAAAUGCUUUGCAAGAAGCUGAAACUCGAUUUCGAGAAAUAAAACUACAGCGAGAAGCCAAAGAAACCCAGGAGAGUGAACGUAAACCUCCACCAUACAAACACAUUAAGGUGAAUAAACCUUGUGGUAAAGUGCAGAUCUACACUGCUGACAUAUCUGAGAUUCCCAAGUGCAACUGCAAGCCCACGGAUGAGAACCCGUGCGGCUUUGACUCGGAGUGCCUGAACCGGAUGCUGAUGUACGAGUGCCACCCCCAGGUGUGCCCGGCAGGAGAGCGCUGCCAGAACCAGUGCUUCACCAAGCGCCAGUACCCCGAGACAAAGAUCAUCAAAACUGAUGGCAAGGGCUGGGGGCUGGUGGCCAAAAGGGACAUCAAAAAGGGGGAGUUUGUGAAUGAGUACGUGGGAGAGCUGAUUGAUGAAGAGGAGUGUAUGGCAAGGAUCAAAUAUGCACAUGAAAAUGACAUCACCCACUUCUACAUGCUUACUAUUGAUAAGGACCGAAUCAUUGAUGCUGGCCCCAAAGGAAACUAUUCUCGGUUUAUGAAUCACAGCUGCCAACCAAAUUGUGAAACUCUCAAGUGGACAGUGAAUGGAGACACUCGUGUGGGGCUCUUUGCUGUGUGUGACAUUCCUGCAGGGACGGAGCUGACUUUUAAUUACAACCUUGACUGUCUGGGCAAUGAAAAAACAGUCUGCAAAUGUGGUGCCCCAAACUGCAGUGGAUUUCUUGGGGACAGACCAAAGAAUUCUUCCACUAAUGCCUCAGAAGAAAAAGGCAAAAAGACCAAAAAAAGAACACGGAAACGCAGAACGAAAAAUGAAGGGAAGAAAGAAUCUGAAGAUGAUUGUUUCCGGUGUGGUGAUGGAGGCCAGCUGGUGUUGUGUGACAGGAAAUCUUGUACUAAAGCUUAUCAUCUCUCCUGCCUUGGCUUGGUGAAACGUCCUUUUGGGAAGUGGGAGUGUCCUUGGCACCACUGUGAUGUUUGUGGCAAGCCUUCUGUUUCUUUCUGCCACUUCUGCCCAAACUCUUUCUGCAAGGAGCACCAGGAUAGGACAGUACUCAACUCCAUGUUGAAUGGACAGUUAUGCUGCUCUGAACACGUUCUCGGGGUGGAUUCUGUUGAAACUCAGAAGACUGAGAAACCCCGCAAAAAACUGAACAAGUUCAAGCCCAGGAGAAAGAGGAACAGAUGGAUGAGAGCUGAAUGCAAAUAGUCAUGGACUGCAGUUUCUACUGCUAACACUAUCUUGUAGAUAAGUUGUGAAUAUGACCAGGGAAGGACACAAUUUUACGUAUAUUCUGUAAAGGUUACAAUGGGGGGGAUGAUUUUUGUUUUGUUUUGUUUUUAUAAAUCCACUGAGCCAACCACAGCAGUUUUCUGCUGCUUCUGCACUGAUAACGAACUGCAUAGUUCAGCAAACUUCAGGACAAACCAAACUUAUUACUCAGCAUUACAGUUACACUUGAAUUGUUACGAAUGUAAAAUGUUCCCUCCAGAAUGCUUGCAGGUUGGAGGUAGCUUAAAAUCAAACCAGGUAGGCGUAAACAUAGUUUUUUGAGAUAGUAUUUGUCAACCAACAGAUGUUUAAAAUAGUUUAUCCUUGAAAGAAGUUGUUAGUUCUCAAGUCCUUUUGAGUAAGAAAUGGCUUGGUCUGUGGUCCCAAGGAAAUUUGCUUGCCUUGUGUGUUUUUGAGCAAGUGCUUGAAUGCCAGUCGUGACCCAGGUGCGUCUCUCGCUGCAACCACACACAGCAACUGGUUUGUGCUCUUCAAAAAUGAUUCUUAAGCAAUCAUGAUCAUAAAUAUCCUUCCACCAAGAAGUGUGGUGCGUGGUGGGAAAGGCACCAGAGAGGAGGAAUCUUACAAGUAAGAGAUUUUUUUCUAUACUGUUUUUUCCUCCCAGGAAAAUAGGAUUUACUUGGUCUUGCAGAGCUGUACAGGUCUGGACUUAAAGGGAUAUUGUCUUGCAAUCUAGGCCAAAUACUCUAGGAUUUUUGUGUCUUAAUAAAUCUUUCAAAAGAUGCUAUUAUUUGGAAAAAAUUGAUUGAUUUUUGUUUUUCUCAAUGGCAGGUAAAAUGCAGAGGAAUUUUCUUUGGAAUGCUUGGAGUCCAAGCAUUUCAGCUUUGUGAUAAUGCAAGAAAUGCCCAGCAAGGAGCAAAACCACCCCCAUGAUUGAAACAAAGUGAAACUUGACUGAAGUGCAAAAACUAAUUUCAAAACAAUUAAGUAAAAGGGAAAUAGAUUUUUGAAGAAGCAUGUAAGAAUUUGAUGUGAAAUUAGCCUUACUCUUUUAAAGUUUGUAUAAAACUGACUACUUGAAAAUUUUUGUUACAUUUUUAGGAGCUCUGCUCUUGACUCCUGUCACCACUGUGUUGUGUCAGCAAAGGUGUUUUGAAUUUUGAAUUCCUCUCUCCCAUCAGCAGUAGGUCCUCACUUACCCACAGUGAGAUGAAUAUACAAGACAUAGUGUUGGUGGAAAUAAUCCUAGAACUUGGAAAAAGCAGUAAAGAAAAACAUCUUUGCCAGUUGCUGGCGUGGCUGGGGCAGCAUUCCAAGCACGUUUUGAGUUGUGCCAUUGUGACCCAGCCUCCAUCAGCACCUCCAUGUCCAUUGAGCCAUUUGUGUAUGUUCUAGCUUAGUUUGCCCCUAAUAGUGCAGGAACUCUCUGUAGCCCUUUUGAAAAUGAAGCCUUGCUAUAUCAUGGAAAUGUAUGGAUUUUUUUUCCAAGGUAUUUCUUCAGGAUUUGAUUUAGUUCUUGGAAUUGCCAAAACUCCCAUUUAUAAAAACUUUGGUUUUAUUAGAAGAUAUUAAUUGAAAGAGGUUAUAAAUAUUGCAUUGCCCUAUGCUGAACACUUUAGUUUCUCUUUUGUGACCAAAAUGCUUUGUUUUUUAAAAUCAGUUUUUAUAAACACUGUUGGAAGGUUAUUUUUUUUUUUUUUCAAAUAAUUUUGAAGAAAUAGCACAGUUCAAAAUCAGAGGAAGUGUUACAUGUUUGCAUUUUUUAUAAUGAUAUGCCAAGCCUUGCACUCAAAUAAAAUUGAAGAUUCUUUAAUUGAUUUUGAGGGAAAAUUUUUUCUCUGCCAUGGGGCUGAAGAACAGUCCUGUGCAUAAAAUCAAAUACCAAACAAUUCUAUUAUGGAUGUUUCUUUAAUAUUGGGUUUCAACAGAAGGAAAAUGAGGUCAGGUAGUAAAGCAGAAAUAUUUUCCUCAUUGCUUUAAAAUAAAAUGAAGGAAUUUGAUGUCAUUGGGACCAUUCUUUGAAUAUUAUACCAUGUAAGGAAGGCUUUGUAAGAAUACUUUUAAAUAAGUUAUUAUAAAUUUUUUCCUUUACAUUCCA